AUGAAUUUAACUAUAGUAAUAAAAGUAGCUGAUGAAAGAGAUAGAAGACUUUUAGAUGAAUUUUAACACAAAAAGUAAUAUCUGAUAAUUUUCAAAUUCAAGAUUUCCCUAAGAUAGAAGGAUGAAGAAUAUUUGAAUUAACUAAAUACUUUACCUCAUGUUUAACCUACAAAUUUAUUUAGAUUUCAUUCUAAUGCUGAAAUUAUGAAAGAUUAAUAAGAUACUAAUGAGAUUUUAAGAAAGUUAUAAUAAAAUCUUGGAUAUUCUUCUUCUCUUAAUACUGAUUUUUAAUAAGAAAUUACUAGAUCGAGUAAAUUAAUGUCAAUCAUUUAAUAAUCAUCUAUUGAUACUUUAAAUGCAAUAAAAGGAUAAACAGUCAUCUCAGAUUUAUUGAAAAAAAAACACUUAAUCAUUUCUUAUUGGAGCAUUAACUGA